AUGUUGGAAGAAGCUAACUACUUCACUAAAUUGUCAAAAGUUCCAGUAAUAUGCAAAGUAGUUGGAAGACAAGUUCUUGAUGGAGUUGGUCUGCCAACAUUAGAAGUGGAAAUACACUGUACAGUUAAAAACUAUGAGAAGAGGAUUUGUUCCAUUGUAGUACCUUCUCAUUUUCAAAUACCUGACAAUGCUUUACCUGCAGCAAAUGAAGCUGAUGAGAAAGAAAGAAAUUCCUUUGUUAACACUGCUGUGAAAUGGGUGAAUGAAUCCCUAGACAGAUUGUUGAGAGACUUGAAUCCCACUGACCAGUGUGAAGUUGAUAAAAUACUUGGUGAAUAUUUUAUAAGAAAAGCAGAAGAAAAAGAAAUUCAAGAACAAGACGAAGCAGAAAAAGCAGAAGAUGCAGAAGUCACUCUUACCCUUGCUUCAUGCACUUCAUCAGCAACAACACUACCUGGGAAAAAAAAAGCAGAAAAACCAGGAAAGAAGGUGUCAGUUGUAGAGAGAAUGAUCCCACCUGCAGAACCUGAUGAACCUGUGCUUUGUGGCAGCUUAGCCAUUGGGGGAACAUCACUUGCUAUAGCUAAGGCUGGUGCCACCAUUAGCCAUGUCCCCUUGUACUUACAUAUUGCACUGCUGAAACAUAAGCAGGAAUCACCUAAAGAAAUGACUCUGCCAAUCCCAAUGUUUAAUCUCUUCAACUGUGAAAGAAGUACAUCUGCAAAACUAAAGUUAGUGAAAGAAAUUAUGCUUGUACCACCAGUUAAUUUAUCAGUCGAACAGGGCAUACAAAGAUUUCUGGAUAUUCAGAAAGAACUGGUGAGACUGAUGGAUCCUCCAAGCAAAGCGUCCACUGCUCAAGUAGCAGACAGUAAGAAAGGGAAAGCACAGAAUGCAGGGAAGAAAGCGCCACAAGCCUUGAAAAGAGUAUCACACUUAGGCUGCCUAAUAAUAGGAGGUGAUCAUCUGGAACAACUGCUGCUCAUAAUACAAACAGCUUGUGAUAAAAUAGAACUGAAGUUAGGAACAGACAUGUAUUUAGCAAUAAAUUGUGCUGCUCAUGAAUUAAUGGAUUAUGUUAAAGGGAAAUACGAAACACUCACUGGAACGUUCAAAAGUCCUGAUGAAAUGGUUGACAUGUAUGUGGAACUGAUUGAUAAAUUUCCUUUUAUUAUUGCAUUGAUAGAUCCCUUAAGGAAAGAGGACCGACAACAAUGGAAUAAAAUAUGCUGUGCUCUUGGUUCCAAAUGUUACCUGAUUGCUGAGGAUGCUGCCAGGUGCAUUUCCAAACUGCAAAUUGAUCAAAUGAUAAACAUACCAACCUGCAGUGGUCUUGUCCUAAAAUACAUUAACCAAACCAGGGUAUCAGACCUCAUAGAACUUACUGGACAUCUAGAUGAUCAAAGACAAAUUACCAUAUUAGGAAGUCCAGAUGGAGAAUCUUCUGAUGAUAGCCUUGUGGAUCUGGCGGUGGGACUGGGUGCCAGGUUCGUCAAGUUGGGAGGUCUUUUACGGGGAGAAAGGGUGACCAAAUACAACCGCCUCCGUGCUAUAGAGGAAGAACUGGCCAAGAAUAGAACCCUACGUAAAGCAAGUCUGGAAUUUACUGCUUUUGCUGAAGAAUCAGAGCCAGAAAAACAACUUUCUGAUAUACUUCCUCUCCCAAAGCAGGGUUUGUUGCCUCCACAGCUCUCAGCCAGCCCUGGAGGUUCUCAGCCUGCUCUCCUCCCAGAGAACGGCACACUGACCUGGGUUGUCAACAUUAAGUUUUGCAGAGAUUUCUUAACACAUUCUAGUAAGAAACUCAUGUGUUAA